AUGUAUGGAGAAAUGACUUCUACUUUAUCUGAUGAUGUUAACUUCCAUUUUAAAAGAGUAGACAAUUUAGUCAAUUCUCAGCAAAAUCAAAUUAAUGAUUUGAACAAUCUAAUCAUGACACUAAUUGGACAUGAUAACCUUCCAGCAUCAAGAGAGCAUAAUUUUACACCAAUCAGUAACCACAACACCAACACUUCUGCCGGUGCCAAGCAUGCAAGAGGGAUGAACGUGAUUAAACUACCUUCUCCUAAUUAUCUGACACCUGUUCAAACGGCAGUCAUGUCAACAAGCGACAGUGUUUUGAUGAACAAUAUCGAUACUAUUUCAAGGUCAUCAACUGGUAAUACCGCUCCAGCCAUCACUCCAAUACCAAGCAACUCUAAUUAUAAAUCAAAUUUCUCAUCAAUUUCACAUACUCAUCAAUUACCAGAUCCAAUAUCGAAAAUAAAUUCUAAUCCUCACACUUUGAGCUCAUCCAACACGCCAAUGUUCAAAAGUUGUAGUAUUGGUACCACGUCACUGUCAAUGGCAAACAUAAAUGAGGUAGGCUCUGUCCCAAUAUCAGCUACAUCUAGCACAAGCGCAUUGACAUAUAACCAAACAUCAAGGAAUAAUUAUAAUGCUCAUUACCAACAUGGAAGCAGUGCUACCUCAAGAAAUCAUAGCGUAACAAACUUAAAUACUAAAAAUGGAAAAAUGGUUCAAUAUGGUGCUGCUACAACAGCUAAAAAUGAAUAUCAUGGUUUAAACAAUAGUCAACCUUUAACUGGAGGACAUAAUUCACACACAGGUACUUCCUCAGGUGUAUCGUCCAUUCUAUCCCCUGUAUCAUUGCCAAUGGAAAAUGGCAUUAGUUCCGUAUCUUUGUUAAACCACAAUAGCAUGCAUAAUAUAUCUACCUUAAAUUCUAGUCCAGUUGAUAUGAUGAGCAGCAUUUCUAUGGAUAAAACUAAUCGCAAGAUCAGAGAUCUUGAUUCCAAUACUCAAACAGACGCCCACUCAUUAUCUCCUGUUCAUUCAUCAAGACGUUCCAAAUUUAUAAUAAAUCCCAAAUCAAAGAGGAGAAAGAGUAUCUUCCGUGGAACCUUCGAAUUUGUAAAAUCUCCUCAAAAUGUUAUAGAUAUUUGGAAUGAAUAUACAAAAGGUUACAAUGGACAACCAUCAAUUAAAGAAAUGGAAGAAAUCCAUAAAACCACUUGGAGACGUGAUCCUGCUGUGAAUAAAAGAUACGCAAGACGUAAAGUUCUUUGGAGAGCAAUCGAAACUGGUCUAAAGAAAGGUUUCACUCUUGAAGCUACUAUACAAAUGUUAGAAGAUCAUAGAUACACAGAUAGGGCACAGGGCACAAAAGAACCAAUUGGUUGGCUGUGUCAAAUCAACAGUAUACCAGAAGUUUUAAGAAGAUAA